AUGUCAGACGCUAACUUGCCGGAGAAGCAGGAAAGUACCACUGAAAAAAGUGCGGAGCCUCUGGUUCCUGAGCCAAAGGAGAUACAGAAUGGUGAAAAUGCAGAUAAGAGCUCAGUAAUCGAGCCAGAAAAGGAUUUAAAAAGGCAUGGAACGUUCAGAAAGUUGACAGACGAAGAAUUGGGGGGACAUGUGAUGGAUUCCGUAACUAGUAGAUCUAUCGAUAAAGAAGACAGCUCUAAUCAUGAAGAAUUAAAAGCUAAUGAACAAAUUGCAAAGGAAACAAAUUCCGAAGAAACGGGGGCUACGGAAGCUGCUGAAAUAACAUUUAAAGAAAAAGGCACGGAGGCAGAAGUUAAUAAAGUGGAUAGUAUAUCGUUGACUGCAGAAACUAAGGAGAAAAAUGCAAGCUCUUCAUCAUUUGGGAAAAUACGCAAAUGGUUUUCGUUUGGUAGAAAGGAAGCCGAGGACAGAGACAUUUUAAGGCAAUUAGAAGAGGACGAAAACUUUAAUCUUGCAUUGUCAAGAUAUCUGGAGAAUAGUGCAGCCUUGAAGUCGCAAUCUGAAAAGGAUCAAGAAGCUGUUGAUACAUGUGCUAAAAACCUUAGGAAGACGUUUAACGAGAUAAAAACAGGUAUCGAAAUAAGUCACGAUAAAAUGUUGCUCAAGGGCAUUGAUUGGGAAUUCUGGUCCGAUGUUGUUAAUGAUUAUAGUGCUGUGGUUAAUGAUAAACCUCAGCAAUUGCUUGAUCAUGUUUCGCAGGGUAUUCCGAAGGAGCUUCGAGGAAUGGUGUGGCAACUAAUUUGCAACUCGAAAUCGUUGCAAUUGGAGGAAUUCUAUCGUGAUGGAAAGAAUAAAACCAGCAACUAUGAGAAGUCGAUUAAAAGAGACUUGGUCAGAACUAGUUUUGUUACCAAUAGUGAAGUGCGGUCUAAAAUACAAGAUCUUUAUGAAAUAAUAAAAUGUUACAGCCUUUAUGAUGAGGAGGUUGGAUAUACGCAGGGUAUGGCAUUUUUGACAGUUCCCUUGUUGAUGAAUAUGGAGGCAAGCGAAGCUUUUUGUAUGCUUGUGAAGUUGAUGAAAAACUACAAAUUUCGAGAACUUUAUCUCCCAGAAAUGCCUGGUCUUCAUCUAAAGCUGUAUCAAUUUGACCGUCUUUUGGAGGAUCAUCUUCCAGAAUUAUAUGUGCAUCUACAAAAGGAAGGGGUGAGGUCUUCUAUGUAUGCUACACAGUGGUUUUUAACUUUAUUCGGUUACAAAUUUCCUCUCGAAAUGGUUCUUCGAGUAUACGAUAUCGUGAUAGCAGAGGGUAUGGAGUCUAUACUACGGUUUGCAUUAAAUUUGAUGGAAAAGAAUUGUGAAGAGCUGUUGAAGUUGAAUUUUGACCAACUUGUGAAAUUCUUAAAAGAGGAAAUCUUCCAUUACUAUUUGUCCGAGAACGAGGAGGAUGAAAUUACUGCUGACACCUAUCGUUUGGAUGACUUUGUCAGUGAUUCAAUGACAAUUAAGAUCCUACCGCUAGAACUACACAGAUAUGAGGCAGAAUUUGAUGAAAUCAGCAGGCUUGAAGAAAGACGAAAAAUCGAAUUGGAUGAGCUAAGAAUGCAGAAUAGUGAGUUAUUACGAGAGAUAAGAAAAAUCGAAGCAGCAUAUGCCACAUUAAAUAAGGAACAUGUCAAUAUUGCAAAUAAGAUGGUGCAGGGAAAAAUUGAAAUAGCAAACUUAGAAGAUGAAAACGAACAGUUGCAAAGAGAAAUUAAGGAAACUACGAAAAGGCUGACCAACUUAGACAAGCAAACAGAUACACACGUCGAUUUCCGGGGUGAAAUAUCUACGAGUCUCGACCAAGAAGUUCAGCGAACAUUGCAGAAGAACUCUGAGGUCAUGUCUGAGAAUGCAGAUUUAGAAGAGCAGUUAUCAUCUUUAGAGAGUAAGCUUGAGGAUCUGAAAUUACAGGUGAAGAAUCAUUCACGCUGGUCGCUGCGUCCAAAAAAGGUUUUCUGGUGA